CCCUGGCGUCACGAUCGUGUCCUUCAGCGUCGCAACGACGCUUAUAAACUGAAUUUACGGCAAUCGCUGUGGCAAUAGCGCAGCAAAACUAGACCGCAGUUUGUAAGGUGCAGCUGGGACUGAACUGCGGAUCGGUGCAGCUAUGUUAGAUAAACACUGUGACGACGACAAGACUGUGUUUGUGGGUAAUUUAGGCAGUUCGGUGAAAGAGGAAAUUUUGUUCGAGUUGUUUCUGCAGGCCGGUCCGCUGGAGAGGGUCACCAUCGCCCGGGACAAGGAGGGCCGCCAGAAAUCAUACGGCUUUGUGUGCUAUAAGCACAAGGAGGCCGUCCCGUAUGCCAUCGCCCUGCUCAACGGGACCUGGCUGUACGGACGGCCGAUCAAGCUGCAGUAUAGAUACGGGAGUCUCCGUGGCAGUGGUGGAGCAACACCUCCUACAGCAGAUGGUGGUAGUUGCAGCUCCACACACCCAGUGCACAGAGCGAUGACUCCCUACCCAGAAUCCUCUGUGCUGCAGGGCAGUGCCCCCCCCAGCCAGAGCCCUUCCCAGGAGCAGCUGCUCUGGAACAUGGUGUGUGGGCAGGUCUCUCAUUACUCACUGGCCGCGCCUCCUCCCCAGCACUGCGCCCUCCCUUCUCUGCUGUGCAGCUUCCUCCCCGCUCUGCCCUGCUCAGCCCUGGAGUUACCCCAGUGGGCCCCCCCGCUCGGCCCCUCUGGCCAGGCUCUGCCCUCCCUGCUGGCUGACAUCGGCCUGGAGGCUGAGGGGCAGCCAGGCCUGAGGGGCAGCUCCGAGAAAGGCAGCAAGCACAGGCGCCGGAGGCUCCACGAGGGCAGGAAGAAGAGGACACGCAGACUCUGAGCUCCGGGAUACUCCGGAACCUUCCGCCACAGAUGUCACAGAACCAGAGACGAGAUGGAGCGUUUCAUGUGAACAUCUGGAAUAAAUCUGAGUUGACCUGAA